ACGAGAAAGAAAAGAGGAGAGAUAAGACUGAAAAUACAGAGGAGAAGAGGCCCCAACCACAGAAACAAAAUCUUUGGGUUAGUUUGCUCGUACUGGCCAACCCAAGAUUUCCCAUUGAUUAGACUCGAGAGAGGGCAAAGCAAACCAAGCUCCAAGGAAGAAAGAAGAAAAGCUAGAAGCUGCUCAAACUCAAAAAGCUUAUCAGAGAAGAACACAAGGGAUGCACUUUGUGGGUACCCAAAAAUAUACAUAUAUAUAUUUAUAUUUUACUGUUGUGAGCUCAAAUAUGUGAAUCGUUGGGUAUUUUGGGUGGUGGGUUAUGAAGAUUGUUGAGGUUGGAUUUGGUUUUUGAACAAGUAGGGUUAGGGUUGUUGGAUUCUAAAUGGGGUUUGUUGGAUCUAAUAUUUCUGGGUUUUUAGCUUUUAGGGUUUUCAAGUAAUAAAAAGGAGAUUGGGUUUAGGUGGGUUUUGUGAAAAGGGACAAGGUUUUUGGAUUCUAUCUGUUGGAUUUGGAGAUUGUUUUUAUAUUGCUUAUUGGAGAGAGAUCUUUCAAUCUGCUCCUGCAAGCAAGCAAACAAAGAAGAAGAAGAAGAGAGAGAGAGAGAGAGGUGCAAUAUUAAAGAGAGAAGAUAAAGAUUUUAUCUUUACCUUCCUUAAUUAGCUAGAUAGGUGGUUCAACCGUGGUUGUCGUUAUGCAUCCAAAAACAGAAAGAGUGUAAAAGCAAGAGCUCGGAUUUGGAUUUGUUUCCUUUCUUGCUCGGAUUUGGAUUUUGUUUUCUAGGUUUUUUUUAUUCUAUAUUUUCCCAAGAUUUAAUUAUAAGGCCAUGGCGAAUCGAUGGUGGGCUGGAAAUGUUUCCAUGGGCGGAGGAGGUCAUGUGGAUUCAAUCUCCUCGACUCCGCCGUCUCUCCACCUCAGAAACACCGAGGAACAACUCGACGACCAAGACAACACCACCACUACUCCCACCAACAGCAGCACCAGCCCUCACAAGCAGAACAACAAGCACCACGAAGAUGGUCGGGACAACAAUGACCUGGAAGGCGAUGAUCAGGGCCCUAACACCGGUAGCGGCAGCCAUGACAGCCUCGAGCCAGGAAGUAGCAACCGGAGGCCGCGUGGCCGCCCCCCUGGUUCCAAAAACAAGCCCAAACCGCCCGUUGUCAUCACUAAAGAGAGCCCCAACGCUCUCCGAAGCCACGUUUUGGAAAUCAGCAGCGGCAGCGACAUUGUAGACAGCAUUGCCACCUUUUCUCAAAGACGGCAUAGAGGCGUCUCUGUCCUGAGCGGCAGCGGCAUUGUCGCUAAUGUAACUCUUCGGCAACCAGCAGCGCCAACUGGAGUGAUUACAUUGCACGGAAGGUUUGAGAUUCUAUCGUUGUCAGGGGCGUUCCUACCUGCCCCAUCACCGCCUGGCGCGACAGGACUGACCGUGUACUUGGCGGGCGGCCAGGGGCAGGUGGUGGGAGGCACCGUGAUGGGAGCAUUGGUGGCUUCUGGUCCGGUGAUUGUUAUUGCAGCUACGUUCACAAAUGCAACAUAUGAAAGGCUGCCACUCGAGGAAGAGCAAGGUGGAGAAGGAGGAAUGCAGAUACCGCAGGAACAGCAGCAAUCAGGUGUGAAUUCGGGAUCUCGAGGUGUUGGUGAGAAUGCUAGUGCAAUGGCUGUUUACAAUCUGCCUCCGAAUUUACUUGCGAAUGGCGGUCAGAUCCCUCAUGAUGUUUUCUGGGGUCCUCCCCCUCCGAGACCUCCAUCUUACUGAGACAACAAAGAUUUAGAGAGAGAAAAAGAGAGA